AAAUUUCCAACCAUGACGAAAACCCAUCCCCGCAUCCUCGCGCUCUUCGACGUUGACGACACCCUCACGGCCGCCCGCAAGGUAGUGACCCCCGAAGUGACGGCUCGCAUCGCGAAACUCAAAAAUCAAAUCACUGUCGGCGUUGUGGGCGGGUCCGACCUCGUCAAGCAAAAGGAGCAACUCGGCGAAGAUGUGAUCCACACGUUCGACUACAGCUUUUCUGAAAACGGCCUCGUCGGGUACCACAACGGCGAGUGCAUCAACAAGACGAGCCUCAAGGAGUACGUGGGCAACGACAAGCUGAACAAGUUCAUCAACUUUACGCUGCUGUACAUUGCCAACUUGGACAUCCCGAUCAAGCGCGGGACGUUCAUCGAGUUCCGCCAAGGGAUGCUGAACGUGUCGCCCAUCGGCCGCAACUGCUCGCAAGACGAGCGCGACGACUUUGAGCAGUACGACCACAUCCACCAAGUGCGCGCCAAGAUGGUCAACGUGCUGCGCGCCGAGUUCGCCGACUACGACUUUACCUACUCGAUCGGGGGCCAAAUCUCAUUCGACGUGUUCCCCACGGGAUGGGACAAGACGUACUGCCUCAAGUUCCUGAGCGCCGCCGACUUUGACGAAAUCCACUUUUUCGGCGACAAGACCCACGUGGGCGGCAACGACUACGAGAUCUUUGUCCACGACCGAACGAUUGGCCAUGCCGUCAAUUCGCCAGAGGACACGCUGCGCCUCUUGGACGAGUUGUUUCCCUAGCUUUUGACCCAAGUUACUAGUUGGAGCCUUCGAUGACGCUGGCUUUGAAGCAGAUGCAUCGAGUGGAUGUAUCCUUUAACGUUAAUGGAGUAGUAACAUGACCUUUCAUUGAUCAGGCGAACUCGAGCAUAGCUAGUUCAGUUUGAGCAUAGCUAGUUCAGUUCAACGAUAUCCUCCGAGAAGUC